UUUGAGAGUUCCUUACAUGUAACGCCUAGGCUUAGACCUUUUAUCUCUCUUCACAUUUGUCAGACAAACCUCACGCUCUUUUUCUUCUUUGAAACACAUCAACAAGAACAAAAUCAAACCCUAUAAAUCUCCUCUUAUCACAUUCCCCAUCAUCGUCAAUCAGAAAACUAGGGUUAGGGUUUGAACCUAAUCUGCAACAAUGGGCAAGGGUGGUGCUCUCAGCGAAGGCGUCGUCAAGAACAUCUUGCUAUCCUACGCCUACGUCGGCAUAUGGAUAUUCCUCAGCUUCACCGUCAUCGUCUACAACAAGUACAUCCUCGAUCGCAAGAUGUACAAUUGGCCCUACCCGAUCUCUCUCACCAUGAUCCAUAUGGCCUUCUGUUCCUCCAUAGCCUAUCUCCUCAUCCGCGUUCUCAAGCUCGUCGAACCCGUUUCGAUGUCUCGCGAGCUCUACAUCAAGUCGGUGUUGCCAAUUGGGGCUUUAUACUCUUUCAGCCUCUGGUUCUCCAAUUCGGCAUAUAUAUAUCUAUCCGUGUCAUUCAUUCAGAUGUUGAAAGCCCUAAUGCCUGUUGCUGUGUAUUCAAUCGGCGUUUGUUUGAAGAAAGAUGCGUUUAAAUCGGACACCAUGGCCAACAUGGUCUCGAUCUCGAUCGGGGUCGCGAUCGCGGCGUACGGAGAGGCGCGAUUCGAUACCUGGGGUGUGAUCCUCCAGCUCGGGGCAGUGGCUUUCGAGGCCACCCGAUUGGUCAUGAUUCAGAUUCUGCUUACUUCAAAGGGUAUCACUCUGAAUCCAAUUACUUCGCUUUAUUAUGUUGCCCCAUGUUGCUUGGUUUUCUUGUUUGUGCCGUGGAUUAUUGUGGAGUUCCCAAUAUUGAAGGACACUUCGAGCUUUCAUUUCGAUUUUUGGAUUUUUGGGACGAAUUCGUUUUGUGCAUUUGCUUUGAACCUUGCUGUGUUUUUGCUUGUGGGAAAGACAUCAGCUUUAACAAUGAAUGUUGCUGGGGUGGUUAAGGAUUGGUUGUUGAUUGCGUUUUCAUGGUCGGUGAUUAAAGACACCGUUACGCCUUUGAAUUUGUUUGGUUACGGGUUGGCAUUCUUGGGUGUUGCGUAUUACAAUCAUGCCAAGUUGCAGGCACUUAAAGCGAAGGAAGCACAGAGGAAGGCGGCGCUGCCUGAUGAGGAGGAGGCUGGGAGGUUGUUGGAGGAGAGAGAAGGGAAAGGGGAAGGGGAAGGAAGGAAGAGCGAUUCUCAGUCUUGAUUUAUAUGGUUAAUUUAAUGUUUUGUUCUUCGCAGAGUGGGAAGGAGAGAGGAGGAAUUAGAAAAUUAGAUAAAAGGUUUCGAGAAUGGGCGACUAAUUCCGGGUAUUUCAAUUGAUUUGCUCUUAGUUUUGCUCUAUCCCUUUCUGUAUUUCCAUUUUAUUGUCCAUCUUCACUUCAUGUUAAUUUGGCCGAGGGCAAUGUUACUUGCCACUGCCAAUUCAUGUUUGUUGCUAGAGAAGGACUUGAGAGACCCUUAUCUUUUUAUUAUUCAUGUCUUAGAACUCCUACUUUUAGAUCUAUUGAUAUGAUUAUAAUUUAUGGUUCAGUUGAA